AGUCGUCUUACACGCGAGUCGUCUUCCUCGCAGAGUCGCAGCCAAUUUGCAGACUCGCAAAAUUUCUUCCGGUUCAGAAGCGUCCGGAUCUGGCGCGCCUUGCUCCGCCUCCUCACGCCAGCCUCGGGCGAUUUCCUGCCACCUCGCUCCGACGCGCGCGAAGGCAUGCCUUUGAAAACUGGUAAACUGUAGAUCAGUCUACCAUUUAGCAGAUUAGGUGGUGAAACUUUAUGGAAAACAUAGGCUGGUCUGCAAAAAGAUUUGUCAAGUCUGUCAUUAACAAUAUGGCUGAAAUGUCAUCAUUUAUCUGAAGUUGGACCACAGGACCUUAUUCUCGACACAGGUUUAAGACAUCAGCUCAAAGCAGAGGAUAAUUCUGAGAUAAAAGUUGCAUUCCCAAUCGAAGAUGGCUUCUGAGGACAAAGAUCUUGUGGAAAUCUUAGAGGAGCAUAACAAAAUUGACAUUGCCAAAUAUAUCAAUUAUGUGAGUGCCCCACAGGCAGGUGCUAUUGCAACAUUUUCUGGAACCACACGCGACACCUUUGAAGGCAAAACAGUCUUGGAGCUUAGAUAUGAAGCAUAUGUGCCCAUGGCACUACGGUGCAUGAAAUCCAUUUGUUCAUCUGCUAGAUCAUCCUGGAAUCUCCUCGCCAUUGCAGUCGCCCACUGCCUCGGCCCAGUUCCAGUUGGUGAAACAAGUGUUUUCAUUGCAGUCUCAGCCGUUCAUCGGGCUGAUGCGUUGGAUGCUUGUAAAUUUGUGAUUGAUGAGAUAAAGGCAUCAGUUCCAAUAUGGAAGAAGGAGGUUUACAGUAAUGGAGAGGUUUGGAAGGAGAAUACAGAGUUCCUGGAGCGAAGGCUGGAUCUUGGGAAAAAAGAUGAGAUAUGGAAUGAAAAAGAAAUUGAAGUUGAAGUUGAGAGGCAUACUAGGAAGAGCUGUUGUGGGGCCAAGGUAAAGGUCAUUGAGGAAGGAGAUGAAAAAUGAAGCAGAGCAAAGCUUCUAUUUAUUUAUUUAUGUUUAGGAAAGAUUUUCUAUGUCAUAAUGAAAUGUAACUCUUUAAAAACUAAUAAUCUUCUUUUUAUAUAAUAAGAAUAGGAACCUGGAGGUAAAUUUGGCAAUUCA